AUGGCUUGUGUGGAUGGUGAACAAGUACUGCUAGUAAUAGAGGAUUACCAGUUGCUUGAUGAAUCAUUCCUUCAACACAUCAACUCUUUGAUUGCCUCAGGGAAUGUACCAGGAUUGUACAAUAGUCAACAGGAAGUUGACUCACUCCUGUCCCGUCUGAGAGAUUCUGCAAUGGAAGAGGGGUUUGGAGGAGGGGGAAGUACAACAGGAAAUCUGCAUGAUUAUUUCGCUUACAAAAUUCAGCAGAAUGUUCAUGUAGCUAUGAUUAUGAAUACUGGACAUCAAAAAUUUGCAUCAAGGAUUCUUUCAAAUCCGUCGCUUUAUAAGCGAUGUAAUAUUAUUUGGCAACCAAAUUUAUCUCCUGAAACGCUAAAACAAAUUGCCGAAUUAUCUCUUAUACAAAAGAAAGAUGAUUCAGACAAAAAUGCACAACCGCCAGCUAAUUGGUUGUUACAAUCAUUUGUUCAAUUAUUUCAAUUGGCACCUUCAGAAAGUCAAUCACCCGAACGUUUUUCAAUUUUUGUAGAAAAUUUCCAUCAACUUUUGUCUGCAAAAAGGGCAACAAUUGAAAGACGUGUAAAUUCUCUUAGAGGGGGUGUUACAAAAUUAACAGAAACGAGAACUGCUGUUGCUAAACUUCAAAAAAGGGCAGCUAAAAAAUCAAAACAAUUAGCUGAAAAACAGGCGGAGGCAGAUUCUGCACUUGCAGAAAUAACUAAAAGUAUGACUAGUGCAAAUGAACAAAAGGCUGAUAUGGAGGGAUUGAAAAGUGCUACUGAAGCUGAAAAUUUGAAAAUUGAGGAGCAGAAAAAGCUUAUUGAUCAACAAUUAAGCGAGUUGAGUUUUUUAAGUCAUUUUAUUUGUGAAUGA